CUGGGCGCUCUCGCUCCUUCUGCAGUCACUUGUCCUCCGGCUCCAGCCAAGAUGAGUUACACCGUCGACUACCACUUCACGGGCCCGAGCUCGUACCGCAAGACUCGGCCCGCAUCCGUCUCCAGCUCCAGCGGCUUCCACUCCCAGCAGCGCCGCCGCCUCGCCUACAGCCAGCCCUCCGUCUCCAUCGACAGCCUGGACGCUUUCAACGGCGACAUGACGCGGAGGAGCGAGAAAGAAGUGCUGCAGGCUCUGAACGACCGCUUCGCCGGUUACAUCGACAAGGUGCGCAACCUGGAGAUGCACAACCGCAACCUGGAGGCGGAGGCCGCGGCGCUGCGGCAGAGCCAGGCAGGACGCACGGCCGUCGGAGAGCACUACGAGCGUGAGUUGAGCGACCUGAGGGGCGUCCUGCAGCAGCUGACCGGGGACAAAGCCCGCACGCUCGUCGAGCACGAACACCUGGAGGAAGACAUCCAGCACCUGCGCGGCAGGCUGGAGGAUGAGACGAGAAACCGGGAAGAGUUGGAGGCUGCCGCUCGGGCCAUGAAAAAGUACAUGGAGGACUGCCGGCUGGCGCGUCUCGAGCUGGACAAGAAGUUUCGUGCCCUGGAGGAGGAAUCCGAUUUUCUCAAGAGGAACCACGAGGAAGAGGUGGCGGAGCUCAUGGCGCAGAUCCAGGGCGCACAGGUGAAUUUCGACAUGAGAGACAUGGUGAAAGCCGAUGUGACCGGCGCGCUGAGAGAGAUCCGCUCGCAGCUGGACAGUCACGCCUCAAAGAACGCGACCCACGCAGAGGAAUGGUUCCAGGUGCGUAUGGAGCGUCUAUCCGAAACUGCUAAGACGAACCAGGAUGCAAUCCGUGGGAGCCAGGAGGAGAUUGCAGAAUACCGCCGUCAGCUCCAGAGCCGCACCAUUGAGCUGGAGACUCUUCGAGGAACCAAGGACUCACUAGAGAGGCAGCGAAUGGAGAGUGAAGAUAGGCACCAGGAUGACCUUAACUCACUACAGGAAACCAUCAACCAGCUUGACAAUGAGCUGAAAUCCACCAAAUGGGAGAUGGCCAGCCAACUGAGAGACUAUCAGGAGCUGCUGAAUGUGAAGAUGGCCCUGGAUAUUGAGAUUGCCGCUUACAGAAAGUUACUGGAGGGAGAGGAAAACCGCUUUUUGUCAGGUGGCCCCCCAAUAUCCUUCCUGGAGAGCAGAAUCUCCGGACAUGUCAAAGUCAAAGCCGAAGAGAUCUCUGAUACAGUAAUCGUGGAGGAACAGACCGAUGAGACACAGGUGACAGAGGUGACAGAGGAAGCAGAUGAGGAGGAAGAGGAAGAAAACAAAGAAGAGGAAGAAGAAGAAGAGGAAACUGAGGAAACCAAAGAGGAGGAGGAACAAGGUGAGGAAGAAGAAGACAAGGAGGAAGGAGAAGACAAGGAGGAAGAAGAGGUAGAGGAAGAGAAGGAUGAAGAAGAAGAGGUUAAGGAGGAAGAGGCUAAGGAGGAAGAGCCUAAGGAGGAAGAGCCGGAGGAGAAAGGAGAAGAGGGAGAAGAAGAGGAAGAAAAGGAUUCAUCCACUCCUCCAAAAUCCCCUCAGCCCAAAUCUCCUGCUGUCAAAUCACCAGAAUCUAAAUCACCACAAAAAUCUCCAGAAUCCAAAUCACCAGCAGCCAAAUCCCCAAUGCCUAAAUCACCUGCUAAAUCUCCCACAGGAGAUGAGUCAAAGUCCCCAGCUACUAAAUCACCUGCAUCUAAAUCUCCUCCCAAGAGCCCUGAGCCAAAGUCUCCAGAAAAAGAAGCCAAGCCCAUUCCUCCCAAAGACACUGUAAAAGAGGAGAAAAAAGAGGAGAAGCCACAGCCCGUCAAGGAAGAAAAGGAGAAAGAGCAGCCUGCAGAGAAGAAGCAGGAACCCAAGGAGAAAGAGCCGGAGAAGGCAGACAAACCCGACACUAAGGAAGAUAGUAAAGUAGAUGAAAAAUCAGAAAAGGAGGAAGUUUUGAAACCUGCCACUCCUAGCAAGCCCUCUGAGGACAAACCCGCCCCGAAGGCUGAGCCUAAAGAGAGUGCCCCCCCUGCUAAGGAGGAGAAGACUCCUGCUCCUAAACAAGAGAAGGCUGAACCUGAAGCAAAGGCAGCAUCUAAACCAGAACCCGAGAGCAAGACUGAGGAGAAGAAGCCCGAGGAGAAGAAGCCCGAGGAGAAACCUGUCCCUAAAGUAGAGCCGGAGAAGACAGAGAGUAAGCAAGAAGAGAAGAAGCCAGAAGAAAAACCUGCAUCUAAAGUAGAGCCAGAGAAGACAGAGAGCAAGAAAGAGGAGAAGAAACCAGAGGAAAAGCCUGCGCCCAAAGCAGAACCCGAGAAGACCGACAGCAAGAAAGAAGAAAAGACAGAGGACAAAAAGGAAACAAGUAAAGAUGAAAGUAAAGAGGUGAAGGAGGAAAAAGUUGAGAAAUCCUCUGGCGCCGAGUCAAAGGAGAGCAAGGAUGAGAAGCCCAAAAAGUAAGACUUAAAUGCUGUGUUUCAGUUAUCGCAGAGAGGAGGAGAUGCCAAAGAACUAUGAGACAGAAAGGUCAGGCAAAGGCAUAUGAAGGUGGAGAGCAGAAGAAAAGAUAUGUACUAGAAGGACAAUUUAAUGUCCAAAGCAAAGCAGGUAACAGUAUGUAAGCAAUAUUGAUUUCUGCUGCAAAUAAUCCCCUGCUCCCUAAGUAUGGCCAUUAUGUAUCCCUGAAGCUUAAGAUGUAUGACUGAAUGCAGAAUGCUCUAAACUCUUUAUCUGAAUGUGACAACUGCCCUUAAUGAUAACAAGUGCAUUUAAACAGAAUCCUGAUUUGGACAGCAGGGUCCUGUUGUGCCUGCAACGCCUUCGAGGGUAAAGAUGUCAUAUCAAUGCCAAGCUAAAGAUUGUAACAGACACUGAACAUAGAACAUCAUAUUUAAGGAAAUAGAAAUGUCUAUAUUAUAUUUACAAAUACAUCUGUAUGAAAGACUUGAAUUUUGCUUGUUGUGCACCUUAAUGCAGCUUCUCCUGACAGGUGAACUGUGGUAUCUCACUCUUCCAGUCUGCGAUGUUAGGAUAAUGAUGACUUUGCUAUGUAUAAACUGCUGAGAAUAUGCAACAUGAAACAGGAAAUAAAGAGUGAAAAAAU